AUGUCCCAGAGCUUCAAAGUGGACAACGUUGCCCUGAAAAGUGAAGACUCUGGCAAACCUAACAAGCACAACUACAAACUCCAGAAAGGUUUUACUGCUGCGUACCCAACUCAAUCUUCCAUUCCUUAUAAAUACAGAACAUCAAUAAUCCUAGAAUCAGAAAGAAAGGGAUUUAACAGCCAAGCCAGGAGAUUCUACAACAAAAAGGAUGACAUCCCGGGCCCCGGGUUCUACAACGUCAUCCAUCAGUCUCCAGUGUUCAACAGUGUCUCUCUUUCCAAGAGAGGAACCUGCAUGUUCCCCUCCACGUGUGCCCGACUGGACGACAACAUUUCUAAAUAUCCCGCUGCCAAUGCAUACACCAUCCGCUCAGAGUUGUCUUCCAAGAAGGACUUCAGCAACUCAUGUUCCAGCAUGUUCCAGCUGCCAAGCUUCAUGAAAGUGGUCAAAUCGGGAAACCCUGCCCCAAACCAUUACUAUGCCUCCGUCCCUGGCUGCAAACAAAGAAGCAAUGUCUCUCCUCAAGUUGGGUUUCUGUCAAAAACAGAAAGAGGAGUCUUCCCUUUGACCAGAUCCGGAGGGCCAGCUCCAGGGCAUUACAAUGUCAAUGAAUCGCUGGUGAAGCGUUCACCGAAGAUCUUAGUGUCCUGCUUCAAAUCCAAAACUGGCCGUGGAUUAAAACUGACAUCAACAGGCCCAGGACCUGGUUACUACAACCCCAACGAGCAAACCAAGAUUCUGAAAAAGCCUCAUGUCCCGAAAGGUACGCUCCUGAACUUCUCUGCCCACCCUCUGCCUCUGCCCCCAAAGCCACCUCUGCCCGGGCCUGGUCAGUACGAUAUUGUGGACUACGAGGGACCCCCUAAGCAUUUCAUCUCCAGUGCAUCGUUUGUGUCCAAUACCAGCCGGUGGCCAGUGUUGUCAUCCAGACCAAGCCUACCGGGCCCAGCCACAUACAAGCCAGAGAUCCCAGGGAAGCAAUCCUUCCUCUACAAUGAGGACAACAAAUGGAUCCCAGCGAUAUAG